ACGAACGGAAUUGACUCCACAGUACGAAACACGUCUCUGAUAUGCAUCGUCUGUUAUAUUUUUCAAUUUUACUGGGUUCCUUGUUGCCAUCAAAAGCAGCCCAUAUCAACGUCACCAACGUGAAUGCCACAAAUGUGAACGAAACAUAUAUAGAAACAGUAGAAGAAAUCGAUCAUGCAAACGAGACAGCGGCACAAAUUGAAAUACUGCAGGAAGAGAAAGAAGAUCUAUACAUCAAAAUUAACAAAGCUAUCGACGAAGCUAUACCAGAACUUGAAAAAAGUAAUGAUACUGAUGCAAUCACCGGUCUUGAAAAUUUGAAAACUUUAAAAAAGCAGAUAAAAGAAAUACAUGAAGGUAGUGAUAGUUAUGAGAGAAACUCCAGUGAUGUAAAUACAAAUUUCAGACGAAAAAUAUCAAUAAGUAUUGAUAGGCAAGGGAAACAUGAUUGGAACAAACAGAAGAAGAAGAACGAAUUUUACGAAAAAUUGGCAAAGAGUAAAGAUAAGAAGUAUACUAGUUUGCCGAGGGUGUUGAAUCGGCAGAAGAUAGCGGAGCAGAUACAGCUAUGGUUGCUAAAACAACAGGAGGAAAAGAGGAAGAUCAGGGAAAUGCAAGUAAAGUUGAAGAUCGACUUUGAGCGCUGCCCCGACUUCGGCCGAGGCAGGGAGAAGAAGAAAAAGACGUCGAACGGCAAGGGCGUCAAGUCCCACUACUUCCCUUGCUGCAGAAAGUGCUGCAAGAAAUCCUACCUCGGCUGCUUAUAGAUCCCAGGAUCCUUCCAGGAGAUAUUCUUAGUCACGCAACAUGUUUUGGAGAACCUGGAUGCAUUUAAAAGAGAGGGACAUGGAAGCCAAUUAAAACUUACAUUUUGAUAUCAAAAUAAUGUUGUUUGUCAUUAUCAUCCGCCCGUGCGUCUCACUUGUACGAAAAAGUACAAGCGAAUUACACGCGUGUAUGAUAACAAAGUGACAUCAUUUUGAAAUCGAAAUGUAUGAUAUAAUAUGGAUAUAAUUGGCCUCACGUUUUAAUAAAAAUACGAGAGAUGACAUUUCAAAUGAAUACACCCAGCAUUUGACACCGGAUCCCAACUCGCAUAAUGUCACUUCUUGAUGCUGGGGCCACACUAACGAAAAACGCCGUUGAUUAUCGCGAAAUGAACGUUUUUCAUAUGGCCACACUGCGAUUAUUGCUAUAAUCAACGGAAUUUUCCGUUAGUGCGGCCCAGGCAUUAAAGAACUAAAAGGUACUCAAGUAAAUAAAAGGAAUUUUCUUUAUUAGUAAGGUAAUCCACGCCUCCAUUACGUUUUGCUUUGCCCUCUACGUGAAAUGACUAACGGAAAUGUCAAAAUUUCUUAAAGUCUGACAGCUAGUCAUGUCACAAA